AUGGCCCCGGGGCUGGAAAUGACUUCUGUCCAGAGCGGGGUCAGCGCGGAGGACUCGCCUUCGCCGGCCUUCGGCAAGCCGGGGCCGGCGGGGGCCCCUGGGGGCGCCAUGGGUGGAGAGGAGGACGGCGACAAGCCCAAGGCGGCGCCGGCGCUGCUGCCCUUCAGCGUCGAGGCGCUCAUGGCCGACCACAGGAAGCCCGGCGGCGGCGGCGGCGGCGGCGCCAGAGACAACCUGGCCAGCGGGGCCGACCUGGGAGCGCCCUCGGCCCAGCAGAGCACCCUCAGCCCCAGGCUGGCGGGGCCCUCCGCCUCGGCGCCGGAAAGACCGGCCUCCCCACUGGCCAUCGCCAGCCAUUUUGCCGUCGGGGGAUUAGUCAAACUGCCCGACGAGGCGCUUGUCAAAGCGGAAAGCCCCGAGCAGCCGGUGGACCGGACGCCGUGGAUGCAAAGCCCCCGCUUCUCCCCGCCUCCUCCAAGGCGAGCCAGCCCACCGGCCUGCACUCUCCGGAAGCACAAGACCAACCGCAAGCCGCGAACACCCUUCACCACGGCACAGCUGUUGGCACUUGAGAGGAAGUUUCGGCAGAAGCAGUACUUGUCCAUCGCUGAACGUGCUGAGUUCUCCAGUUCGCUCAGCCUCACCGAGACACAGGUCAAAAUCUGGUUCCAGAACCGGCGUGCCAAGGCCAAGCGACUGCAGGAGGCUGAGCUGGAGAAGCUCAAGAUGGCAGCCAAGCCCAUGCUGCCCCCUGCGGCCUUUGGCAUCUCCUUUCCGCUGGGUGGCCCAGCUGUGGCCGGUGCCUCCCUGUAUGCCUCGUCAGGCCCCUUCCAGCGCGCAGGCCUGCCCGUGACCCCUGUGGGACUCUACGCUGCGCAUGUGGGCUACAGCAUGUACCAUCUCACCUAGAGAGCUGCUGCAUGCCCUCCGGGGAGGAUCUGGGCUGAGGCAGGCAGCCUUCUCAGUAGCCGUCCUGGAGAAAAGGCCGGCGGGGCACUUUGCCCCUCCUGCGCCUUCAGAGAAAGACCGCAGCCAGCUGGGAGGUAAGGAAG